UGCGCCCGGUUCAGCCAGGUUAAUGGAUAAACAAACUUCCUGCCUCCCAACCUGACACCGAAACUUCUCCGGAAUACUGCCGCUGUGGUGACGAACCUGUCAAUGGGACUUUUUUACAAGAAAGUUAUUUUUUUUCUCCAGUCAAUAGUUAUUAGUGUUAAUGUUUCUGAGUCAUAAACCCAACCAAACGGCGCUUAGCAUCAGCCUCGCUCACACGUUUCCCUCAGAACUUCUUCAAACCGAAACAGAAGCAGAGCGGGGGGGAUUUCCGUCUGAACAUGGACCGGUACCGGUACUUCAUAUUCAACCAGAGGAGUGUGCUCAUCCUUGGCAUCCUCCAGAUAGCCUGUGCGGGUCUCUGUGUCGUCUGCGGCUUAAUGGACGCUGCUUUCCGCAAGAACACCCCGCUGAGCACCAGCAGGACGCCGGUGUGGGGAGGACUGUUCAUGGCCUGUCCUGGUGUGCUGGCGCUGUUUGCAUCCCAGAGGAAGAACGCUGUGUUGGUCAGCUGCAUGGUGGUGGCUGCAGGACUUUCCUGUGCAGCUGCGGUCGUCAUCUUCGGCUACUCCUCUCUGACGCUGACCUAUGGGGAAGAGGACGAAGACGUCUUCCACCAACACAAAAGUGCCAAAGUGACAUUUGUUCUCCAUCGGCUGGUGAAAGGAGCCAAUGCCACCAUCAUCCUGACCUGCAUCAUCAGCCUGGUUCUGUCCUCCCUCAUUGGUUAUGUGGGUUUCCGGAGUCUUCCAUGCUGUGGCUGCUAUGAUUCCAGGACUGGACUGGAGACCCUGGUUCCUCAGAGUGACCCUGGAGACACUGAGUUGGUGUGUACUUGGCAAGCAGGUGGUGAUGACAAACUUUUCAACUCUCCUCAAACAUCUGCUGGAGUCACCAAAGAGGAAGAGGAGGCUCCCUCUAACCGUCCUCCUUACAGCAGACUGACCUGACACAGAACCCUGACCAUCCAGCUGGUUUCCAUCACCACUCUAAGAUCAGUUUCAGUGCUCUAUCAGCCAAGCAAUGUAAUAUGAAGUUAAAGAUCGGUCAGACAGAGACUGAUUAGUACAGCUUCCCUCAGUUUCCCUUUAACUCCCUGUAUUCUCUGAAUCUAAGUUAUGAUUUUAUUGUGUUUAAUAAAUACAUUUGAACAGUA